UUGGCGAUAAGCAUUAAGGUUGCUACGUCAUCGCCUUGGCUUCCAGCACACUGAGGGGAAGUUCGAGUGUCUCUAUAAAGAGGAACACAACGAAGACAACAACAACAUUCCAUGUUAUUCCCAAGACAUUUGCAGGUUAAUAAACUUUGAAAUCACACAAAAAAGCUCUUUCAAGCACCACCACAUUCAGCUUUGAAAACACACAUACCCGACAAAAUGCCUCUCGUUGUUCCCGGCGUUACGACCAACGACCCCGCGGUCCAGAAGACGGAGGAGUGGAUGAACAAGUUGUGCGGCAAGACCCUCGCUGACCACACUUCGGAGACUACUUUCUGCAAGAAAGACCUCCCAGAGCAAACGCGCAUCAUCGAGCCGGGUUCGAUGGUUACUAAGGACUUCAACCCUGACCGUCUCAACGUACAUGUGGGCGAGGAUGGGAAGGUCAGCCACGUUCUCCACGGUUAGAGAGGAACAAAGAGCGGUGAUGAAGAUGGCUAUACCAGUCUUGAGGACAUGAUGGCAUGACCUGGAGUAGUUAAGCGAGUUAUGAGUUAUGGAGAUACCAGCAUGGCGCUGUGUUUAACGAAUGCGAUGAAUUUACAUACAGUACCACCCUGUCAUGACUUAUUGCAACUUGUUGUGAGCACCUUGACGGCUGG